AACUUGGGAUCCUCCUGCUUCGGCCUCCAUAGUCACUGGGAUUAUAAGUCUGUGAUUCCUGGCUCUUCUUGGUUUAGUUUGGUUUUGGAUUUUUUUGUGGACUGUUUGGAGAUGUUCUGGAAUGUUUUCCUUUUAAUUUUUUCUUGGUAAGUUCAAGUUCUUAAUCAGGCUAAUUCACAAAAAAAAGAGAAAAAAAAGUUUUCAACUUUAACUGGUUUGCAUGUAGUUUUUUUGGCUAUAGUUAUGAUUAAGUUUGUAGGUACAUAUAUUUCCUCUUCCUCUUCCAUGUCUCCCAAUUCUCUCUGAACUCUAACCUUAAAGUUACAUCUUUUACAUGUUCAUUUCUGUUCUCCUUGAUUGAUUUGUGAUUUUGAGUUUGAUCUUUUUGUUUUUUGAUAAUUUUGGUAAUUCUAAGUAAAUGUAGUGUUUCGUUGUUGUUUUUGGUACUACUGAACCCAGAGGCACUUUACCAAUGAGCUGCAUCCCCAGUCCUUCCCUCUCCCCAUGCCUUUUUAUUUUUGAUUUUGAGACAAGAUUUCACCAAGUUGCUUAGGGUCUCUGGCCUGGAAUUUGUGAUCAUCCUGCCUCGACUUCCCAAGUUGCUGGAAUUACAGUAGGAACUUGCUGACCCCUCCACUUCAGGGCGCGACAGAGCCGGGAUUCGAACCAGCAGAUGUACGGCCCACGAGUCGGGUGCGUUACCAGCCGCGCCACCGACCCGAUAACAGUUAUUGAAUACCUGAUGUUUCACAGAGCAAACCAACCUAGGAUGGCUGAUGCAGUAGGAAAGCAGGCUCUGGCCUCUGGUUCUCAGCAGAGCAUGUCUGCAGACAGGAGGCAGCACCCUUCCCUGCCAGGGCACAUGUUUCUGGAGCCCAUGAAGCCUGAGGAGCCUUUCAUCUCUAAGAGAUCAGGAUAGUAAACGCCUAAGCCUGGAUCCUCAGAAGACCUGCCAGCUCAGCACAAUGUCAGGAAGCCACAUACCUUCUGCUAGUGGCCCUUUCUCAGCCUUGACUCCAAGCAUAUGGCCCCAGGAGAUCCUGGCCAAGUAUACUCAGAAGGAAGAGUCAGCAGAGCAGCCAGAGUUCUGCUACGAUGAGUUUGGUUUUCGGGUGGACAAAGAAGGUGCUGAACCUGGAUCCAGCCCCCUGAUUGGGGCUUCUCUGGUGGAAGACCCCCCGCAGAGGCUUCGGUGGCAGGCCCACCUGGAGUUCACCCACAAUCAUGACGUGGGAGACCUCACCUGGGACAAGAUUGCAGUCUCCUUGCCCCGCUCUGAGAAGCUCCGCUCCCUGGUGCUGGCUGGCAUUCCACAUGGCAUGAGACCCCAGCUGUGGAUGCGGCUCUCUGGGGCCUUGCAGAAGAAGAGGAACUCCGAGUUGUCCUACCGUGAGAUCGUGAAGAACAGCUCUAAUGAUGAGACUGUUGCUGCCAAACAGAUCGAGAAAGAUUUGUUGCGCACCAUGCCCAGCAAUGCCUGCUUUGCCAACGUGAACAGCAUCGGGGUGCCCCGUCUGCGCAGAGUCCUGCGAGCACUGGCCUGGCUCUACCCAGAAAUUGGCUACUGCCAGGGCACAGGCAUGGUGGCUGCCUGCCUCCUGCUGUUCCUGGAGGAGGAGGAUGCGUUCUGGAUGAUGUGUGCCAUCAUUGAGGACCUGCUCCCUGCCUCCUACUUCAGCACCACCUUGUUGGGUGUUCAGACUGACCAGCGAGUCCUGCGCCAUCUCAUUGUCCAGUACCUGCCUCGUUUGGACAAGCUGCUCCAGGAACACGACAUUGAGCUGUCCCUGAUCACGCUGCAUUGGUUCCUCACGGCCUUUGCCAGCGUGGUGCACAUCAAGCUGCUGCUGCGCAUCUGGGACCUGUUUUUCUACGAGGGCUCCCUGGUGCUGUUCCAGACCACGCUGGGCAUGCUGCGCCUCAAGGAGGAAGAACUGAUCCAGUCCGAGAACUCUGCCUCCAUCUUCAACACACUGUCAGACAUCCCAUCACAGAUUGGAGAUGCAGAGCUGCUCCUGGGGGAGGCCAUGCGACUGGCUGGCUCCCUCACUGAUGUGGCUGUGGAGACCCAACGCCGCAAGCAUUUGGCCUACCUCAUUGCAGACCAGGGCCAGCUCCUGGGAACUGGCACUGCUGCCAACCUCUCUCAGGUUGUUCGGCGUAGGACCCAGCGGAGGAAGUCGGCCAUCACCUCCCUGCUCUUUGGGGAGGAUGACCUGGAGGCCCUCAAGGCCAAAAACAUCAAGCAGACAGAACUGGUGGCUGACCUCCGAGAGGCCAUCCUGCGCGUGGCACGCCAUUUCCAGUGCAUAGACCCCAAAAACUGCAGUGUGGAGCUGACCCCAGACUACAGCAUGGAGAGCCACCAGCGGGACCAUGAGAACUAUGUGGCAUGUUCACGCAGUCACCGGCGUCGAGCAAAGGCCCUGCUAGACUUUGAACGACACGAUGAUGAUGAGCUGGGCUUCCGCAGGAAUGACAUCAUCACGAUCGUGUCUCAGAAGGACGAGCACUGCUGGGUGGGAGAGCUCAACGGCCUGAGAGGCUGGUUCCCAGCCAAGUUUGUGGAAGUCCUAGACGAACGGAGCAAAGAGUACUCCAUUGCGGGGGAUGAUUCAGUGACGGAGGGGGUCACAGACCUUGUGCGAGGGACCCUGUGCCCAGCCCUCAAGGCCUUGUUUGAACAUGGACUGAAGAGGCCAUCCUUGCUCGGGGGUGCUUGCCACCCCUGGCUAUUCAUUGAGGAGGCAGCAGGCCGGGAGGUGGAGAGAGACUUUGACUCGGUGUAUUCCCGCCUGGUACUCUGUAAGACUUACAGAUUGGACGAGGAUGGCAAAGUCCUGACCCCAGAGGAGCUGCUCUACCGGGCUGUGCAGUCUGUGAACGUGACCCACGAUGCGGCACACGCACAAAUGGAUGUCAAGCUCCGCUCACUGAUCUGCGUGGGGCUCAAUGAGCAGGUGCUGCACCUGUGGCUGGAGGUGCUCUGCUCCAGCCUACCCACUGUGGAGAAGUGGUAUCAGCCCUGGUCCUUCCUGCGCAGCCCUGGCUGGGUCCAGAUCAAGUGCGAGCUCCGGGUCCUCUGCUGUUUUGCCUUCAGCCUGUCCCAGGACUGGGAGCUCCCUGCAAAGAGAGAGGAAGAGAGGCAGCCACUCAAGGAGGGUGUUCAGGACAUGCUGGUGAAGCACCACCUUUUCAGCUGGGACAUAGAUGGGUGAUGCUUCUGCAGCCGCCCUCUCAGGCCCAGGCCUCCCCCAGCCACCCAGGCAGGCCCCUCCUUCAAACAGGAAGAGAUAUCACCUGCUAAGCUGUGGGGUCCAGGGAAGGAGAAAACUCCAGAGCCAUGUCUGGGCCCAUGACCAGGGUUCAGGGUUUCUUACUACAGGUUCCCACUGUUGGUAGGAGGAGGGUGCCCAGCUCAGCCUUUCCCUCCCAGGGCCCUAAGGAAGCCCUGGCCAGCUACACAGUUCAUAUUAACCAAAAACCUUAUGAGGUGGUGGUGAGCUGCAUCUGUUGUCUUUGCUCAGGAAGCGGGGGUGUUUAAUGGCAGAUAAAGACCCCCUUGACCUCUGGUUUUGUUUGUAAAUAAACAACUCUUUAAGAAAA